GAUGGUAAUUAUUUAUUGUAAAAUAAUUAUUUAUAAUAAAUUGUUAUUUUAUUAUUGUUGUAUUAUUAUAUUAAUUAAUAAUAUUUAUUUAUAAUUAAUAAAAUAAAAUAUUAAUUUCAAGUAAAUAAGUCACACGCCAUCUUGAGAAUUUUAUCAUCACAAAAUAAUACAACAACAACAACAACAAUUAUAUUAUUUAUAAACAAAAUAAAUUAAUAACAAAUAGGUGGUCAUAAAAAAAAAGUAUAACAUUAAUUAUAAAUCAAAACCUAAUUGUUGAUAAUAAAAAUAUUAUAGAAUUUUUUUGUUAAAAGCUUUUGCAGUCAAUAAAAAAAAAAAAAAAACUUGUCAUUCAAGUAUAUGCAACUUCAUGUCAUUUCCAAAAAACCGUUUAUUUUGUUGUUGUGAAGAAAAAAAAAAAUAAAACAAAAUUAUUAAAAUAAAAAAUAAAUUAAUAAGUUAAUAUAAAAAACCGUAAUCAUGCCAUGUGAAAUGAUAACAUUGCAACUUGGCCAAUGUGGCAACCAAAUUGGCUUUGAAUUUUGGAAACGACUUUGUGCUGAGCAUGGUAUUAAUCCUGAGGGUAUCCUUGAGGAUUUUGCAACAGAAGGUACUGACAGAAAGGAUGUUUUUUUUUAUCAAUCUGAUGAUGAGCAUUAUAUUCCAAGAGCAGUAUUACUCGAUCUUGAGCCUCGAGUUAUUCAUACAAUCAUGAAUUCACCAUACUCAAAGUUAUACAAUCCAGAAAAUAUUUACCUAUCAAAACAUGGUGGUGGUGCUGGUAACAAUUGGGCAUCUGGUUAUCAUCAAGGUGAAAAAUUACAAGAAGAAAUAUUUGAUAUUCUUGAUCGUGAGGCUGAUGGUAGUGACAGUCUAGAAGGUUUUGUUCUUUGUCAUUCAAUUGCUGGUGGUACUGGUUCAGGUAUGGGUUCAUUUAUGCUUGAAUCAUUGGCUGAUAGAUUUCCAAAAAAAUUAAUUGAAACAUACAGUGUUUUUCCAAAUCAAGAUGAAAUAAGUGAUGUUGUUGUACAGCCAUAUAAUUCAUUAUUAACAUUAAAACGUUUAACUCAAUGUGCUGAUUGUGUUGUUGUACUUGAUAAUACAGCAUUAAAUAGAAUAGCAUCAGACAGACUUCAUAUACAAAAUCCAAGUUUUACACAAAUAAAUAAACUUGUAUCAACAAUAAUGUCUGUUAGUACAACAACAUUACGUUAUCCUUCAUAUAUGAAUAAUGAUCUUGUUGGUUUAAUAGCACCAUUAAUACCAACACCACGUUUACAUUUUUUAAUGACUGGUUAUACACCAUUAACAACUGAUCAAGAAGGACAAUCAGUACGUAAAACAUCAGUAUUAGAUGUUAUGAGACGUUUAUUACAACCAAAAAAUAUGAUGGUAUCAACAGCAGUUGAUAGAAAUGCAGCACAUUGUUAUAUAUCAAUAUUAAAUAUAAUACAAGGUGAAGUUGAUCCAACACAAGUACAUAAAUCACUACAAAGAAUAAGAGAACGUAAAUUAGCACAAUUUAUACCAUGGGGACCAGCAAGUAUACAAGUUGCAUUAUCAAGAAAAUCACCAUAUAUACAAAGUGCCCAUAGAGUAUCUGGUUUGAUGCUUGCAAAUCAUACAAAUAUAUCAUCAUUAUUUGAUAGAGCAUUACAACAAUAUGAUAAAUUACGUAAACGUGAAGCAUUUCUUGAACAAUUUAAAAAAGAAAAAAUGUUUGAAGAUAAUUUGGAAGAACUUGAUAAUUCACGUGAAGUUGUUGAGUGUCUUGUUAAAGAAUAUCGUGCUGCAACGAGACCUGAUUAUUUAUCCUGGAAUCCAAACAAAGCUGAAUAAUUAUUUCAAUUAAAAUAAAUAUUAUUUAAUGUUGCCAUUUAUUCAAUCAAUAAUAAUUUUCAUUGAAUAGUCAACACAAAAUACUCACAUUUAAAAUAUCCAGUGCCAUUUUAUUUU